UUUAAACGCGUAAUAACCACACGGAAUGGGAAUGUAUAAAUGCCAUAUAUGUAUCGAGAAAUCUUCCCUCAAUUUAUUAAACAAAUCAAACAAAUUCUGGCACUGAUUGGCUUAACGGUUUACAGUGAAACAGACUCGUCCGAAUCACACGACGCGGAUAUUAAUCAGCCUACCGUGGCGUAUUCUGCUCGCAUUACUUGACGUGGGAAAGCAUUGUAAUCCAAAAGAUCGCUGAUAAUGCGAAAUAAAUUUCAAGCCGCUCUUAGGGGCGUAACGCGACAAUACAUUAUAAGGCAGUCGUGGCCCCGUGGCAGAGAGAUAUUUAGGACGCAACUGAUAAUACACGCAUCUUCUACUAGCCCAUUCACCUGUAGGAACUACUCAAAGUUUAGCACACAUCUAUCUAUGGAGCGGGCGAUGGAGCUGCUAUGCAACCUUGAUGACGAGGAACGCAGCAACCUGCGCUCCGCUCUUGGCAGGCUGGAUGCCGACAAGGAAAAAAAAUUAUACGAGAGUCAACUGGCUUUCGGUAGUUGGCGCACUCGCUUCGGACGACUUUCUAAUAAGACGGAAUUGGGCCAAGUUAUUGCGGGAACUUUUUGCGCAGUGCCCGAUGAUUGGCUGCGAAAAAAAUUGGUUGAGACGGCAGCAUCGCCCACUGCAGGUCAAUUGUACAGCAUUUUCUUUGUAAAUGCAGUGCCGUUUGUUGCUUUCGGAUUCCUCGACAAUUUCAUAAUGAUCAUGGCGGGUGAAUACAUUGAAUAUUAUUUGGGCCACUUUAUUACGCUGUCUACGAUGGCAGCCGCAGGACUAGGAAACACCAUAAGCGACAUUCUGGGCAUCACUAUGGCCACCUACGUUGAGAACGGGUGCCAGAUAUUAGGUCUAAAGCAGCCCAAUUUGACUCCAGCGCAAUUUGAAUUAAAGUCCAGCAAGCGGUCGUCAAGUUACGGACGGAUUGUCGGGAUCACUGUAGGCUGUUUGCUUGGAAUGUGCCCUUUAUGGUUUAUGGAUGAAAAAGCAGAUAAGGUGAAUGUAAAAGAUGAAAUCCCCAAAAAUUAGAAAGUGUUUUCCAGCUUGUCAAUACAUCGCAAAUAAUUUAACAACAUUUUCUUUCAUGUUUUAAAAGGAUAAAGUAUUUGUAUUAUUAAUGAAUUUUUCGUUUAACAAUUUGAAUAUGUAUCAAAUGUUUGUUAAGCAACUUAAAAAACGUACCAAAAGUAUCUGAGGUAAACAUAUGCUCACCGGCGGUCAUUUUCUUCACAAAUUUUUAAUAUUUUUUUAUCAUAUAAUAAAUUUAUACCUGAUCACUCAAAUUACCUGAGCAUCAAAAUUCAUGUGCAAUACUGUCUUGAGAUUUAACUCUAUACAGUGCUGUUUAACUUCACUGAAUAGAUUUGGAAAAUAUUUUUCUCGUGUGCCGUCAUAGUCAUGUAGUUCACUAAACUGAUUGAUUCAAAUGCAUCUCAGAAAGUUUUGGGACUGCCAUGUUAUAAGUUUUGGUAUGUUUUUUAUUUAUUUAUUUAUUAUUUUAUUUUCUUUUAUUGAAAUUCACAGAAAUUAAAAUUGUUCAUAUAAUUUUAGUUAUAGAAAUCUACUUGCACAUAGAUUCUUUUGCUUUUUUUGUUCAGUUUUUAUUAGAAAUCACGGAUUUUAAAUCACUGAUCAAAAUUGCUAGUUGUAUAGCAUAUAAUUGAUCAGUACCGUACUAAAAGGUUUCUUGUCGAUCCUAAUUUUCACAAGUACAAAAAAAAUAUAAUUUUAUUUAACCGACCAUUCAAUUUUAGGUCUCAAACUGAACUCAACUUAUUGAUCUAGAUUGAUUGACGUUUAGGCCUCGGUCUCGAGCUUUUUAAAUAUGGACUUUGGACUUUAGAGUUCUAAUGAGAUUUUGGAGUUAGUUCUCUUGUAUUCAAGUGCAUUCGCUCUUGGAUAAAAGCGCUCUUAGAUUUUUACGAUUUUAUUUAUUGAAAUUAAAACUUCUGCUUUCGAGCUAGUGAGUCUGGGCUUUGAAACGUGGAAACAUGCUGAUUUGACAAAUUGA